GGACAAGCCCACGACGUGCGUAACACAAGGAAACCUUGGCUCCAAACACAGCUCAAAACGGCACGGUUUUCAACUAAACGUCUUCGCUCCUGUUACUCAAAAGCUUCUUUUAUUUCGUCAUUUUUGUAGAUCUCUUUGAUCAUCUGCUUUUUCGCUCUUAAUAUUGAAAAAUUCUGUUUCUUUUUCUUUGCCUGAUUUGAUCAAUCGUAAUCUCUAUUGUUAAUGGAAUGAGACAGCGAUGAAGCCGGGAGUUUCUUCUUUAAAUCCAUAUGCGGCAGCAUAUGUACCGCUCUCCAAAAGAGGGGGAUAUGAUAGAACUGAGCCUACCACUAAUGAUUCUCAGACUGGCAAUGAGACUGCCUGGUAUACACAGCCUGCACAUGUAACUCAGAACCAGCAUCAGAGCAAGGUUUCUCUGGCUUCUUUUGCUCAUGGUGCCAAAAAAGGUCCCAUUCCUGAACAGUCUAGUGUGAAGAACCACCCUGUUCAUGGUUCUUAUGGUUCAUCUUCAAGUAAGCAGAUGAUGGAUGAGGAAUAUGACAUGGAUAUGGCUUAUCUGCAAAUGUCAUUUCCCGGUUUAUCUGAUCAGUCCCUGGAUGAUGUCUAUAAUGCGAACAAGCGCGACUUAGAAGCCACCAUUGACAUGCUGACCCAACUUGAGUUUGAUGCUGUCGAAUCUUCAGAAAAUCUACCAGACUCUUUGGACAUUGGUGAUGUUCCAGAAUCUGGAGCUUUAUCUGAGUCUGCAUCUUUUAAACUAAAGAAUGUGGUAGGUGAAGCUAGUUCCUCUUCAUCUGGUUCCUCUGGCCCGACUGUUGUCUCCUGAAUGAUUUUGUGAGAGACAAGUUCCAUGUGUUUCCAUUCUGCUCUUUUUUUUUUAACCAUUUACAGCUUGUGGAUAAGAAGCAUGUAAGUAGGGGAAUCUUUCUUUGGAGGUUGGCGGCAUCAUACAUAUGUUUGGUUAUGGUUGUAUAGUUCCAGGGUGAUUGUGUCCUAAGCUUCUCUUCCCCUCUAGGUUUAAUAUUUGGGUUAUAUGGGUCAACAGCCCCUUAUGCAAUUAUAAUGCCAGAUUGCAGUUUUCAUCAAUCAUCAAUCUAAUUGAUCUCUGAUUGUUGGUUUUGAUUUGAUUUGGUAUGUUAUGGCGUGAAGAUCAUGUAGAUGUAAAGUAGAUUUGUUUAUGUGAUUGGUGAAAGCGCUUGUAAUGUGCCGUGGUAAGCAACAGUGCAAAUUUUAGCCUAUUCAUUCAUGAAUUUUCAUGUUGUUCAAGAAUC